AUGUUAACAACUGUCACUGCUGCUACUCCUCUUAUUGUUGAUGUAGCAGCAGCAGCAGCAGCAGCGAGUGCACCAGUGCCAGCACCGGAUGUGCUUAUUACGAGCGGCACAGUAGCCAUCGGUGGUCCUGCUGAUGCAGCUCCUGCAGCAGACCUUCGUACAGUCACAGUUGAUUCUAAAGAGGGUGAUGAAGACAAGUCUUUUCCAGUGCAGGUCCCAGCACUCAAGACUCCUCUACAGGAUACGGCAGCUGUUGAGUCGAGUGACAAACCAUCAGCAGAGAGCAUUACUGUGCAGCAGGUGCCUCCUCAUGGGAGUCCUCCUGUGCUGGAUGUGGCGAGUGUACCAGUCAAGGCUGCUGUAACUCAAAGUGUAACCGAGAGCGCAACUCAGGUUGUAACCCAGAGUGCAACUCUGAGUGCAACCCUGAGCGAAACACAGGGUGUAACGCAGAGUGUUCGUGGGUGCGCUGACCCACCUGACGCUCUGCUGGGCACACAAUUGGCUGCUGGUGUUACGGUUCCUGAGUCAACUCAAAAUCCGGCUGUAGUAAAGGCAGAGACUGGAGUGGGUGCUGCUGUGGAUACUACUGACUCACCUGCUACCAACGCAGCUGCUACUGACUCACCUGUUACUGAAGCAACAGCUGAUCCUCCUGCGGGCACCAGCGUCUCCUCCUUCCCACCCACGCAACCACCCCCCUCUCAUGCCCCUCUCUCUGCUACCGUACCCUCCAUGUCACAAACCCAUGUCCCUGUCUCUGCUACAGAACCCCUCAUGUCACAAGGUCAUGUCCCUCUCUCUGCUGCCACUCCUCUUUCCUCUCCUCUUCCUCCCCCCUCUCCCCCUCCUGCUGCUCUUACUCCAUCCUCGCAUCUCCCUCCCCCUCUUCCUCCUCCUCCUCCUACUCCCACGCCCGCCGCCCCUCCAUUAUCACUCACGCCAGCUCAGCUCUCCCUCCUCCAAUCGCAGCGCGACUGCUUCGCCACGCUGGCGGCCGGCCAGCCACUCACGGACUGCCAGCUGGCGGGCCUUUUCCCGCCGCAGCUGGUGCGUCAGAAGAUCGAGGCGCUCAGGAGGAUAAGGCGGGCGGCAGAGGAGAGAGUGAGGGUGGGGAGGGAGAUGGUGAGAGAGGGGGAGUGGGGGAAGCUCGUGGAGGAAGGGCAGAGGGAGGAGAGUGAGAAAGUGGAAGAGAAAAUUGCGAAAUUGGAAUCCUUGUUGGCGGUGGUGGAGGUGCCAGGUGUCAGGAGAUCAUUGGAGAUCCAGCUCAGGUGCCUGAAGCUUCGUGGGUUGCAGAGGAAGGUUCGUUUCGAGGUGCUUGCUGAGAAGAGGAUCGCUGACUGGGCUGGGGGAGGAGAGCUGACUGGUCGUUCGGUGAACGGGCACGCUGACGUGGCAAAUGCUGAGGUGGCACGUGCUGAAAUGGCUGAUGACGAAUCGGAUAUGGUCAAAAUCGUAGAAGAUGACGUGGCAGUAGAAAGUGGGCGGGUGGGGAAGAAAUGGAGAGUAGUUGAAAGUGAGAGUGAGAUAGAGGUAGUGGGAGAAGGGGAUGAGAGUGAGAAAGUGGAUAAGGAGAGAGAGGAGCAAGUGAGAAAGGAGGAGGAGGAGCAAAUCAUGAAGGCCAACGUGGCACACGGGCGGCACCAGCCGCUGCUGGACUGGAGCCUGCUGCGUCUGACGCAUGCUGACGUGGAACAGGCGCUGCUGAGGUGGCAGCUGCCACCUGGCAUGAAACCGUCCGAGGAGGAGGUGGAGGCUGAGGUAGAGGACUUAUGGGACGACGAUUACUUUGAGGAGGGCUUAGGGUUUGAGAUAGAGGCAAGGAAGAGGGAUGCUGCAGCGGCGGCGGCGGCGGCUGCUAGGGCUGCUGGUGGUGGGGUUGGUGUUGCUGGGAUUGGUGUUGGCGGGGUUCUGGAUCUGGACUUUGAAGCUUCAGAGGCCAUUGAGGCGGCUCGAAAGGCUCGUCGGGCGGCAGACUCGGUAGACUCCGCCGCCCGGUUCUUCGCUGACGUGGCGCAGGCGGGGCGCGACAUGUCAGCCGCCAGCCUGGCGGAGCAGCGGCGGCGGAAGCAGCGGAGCGACGGCGUGCUGACGUGGCACGCGCGUCAGAAGCAGCGCGCGUCGCGGGCCGAGCGCAUGCGAGUGCAGGCCCUUAAAGCCGGGGACCAGGAGGCGUACUUUAAAUUAGUGGAGGAGAGUAAGAACGAGAGGUUGCACACUCUUUUAGGGAAAACGGAUGAGCUUUUACAGAGGCUGGGGGCAAUGGUGCAGAAGCAGAAAGAUGCUGGUGGUGGUGGUGGUGGUGGUGGGGGUGGGGGCGGUGGUGGGGAGGGUGGUUGGGGAGGUGGUGGGGGUGGUGGAGGGGGGGUUGAUGCUGCUGCUGGGGGAGGGGAGGGGAGGGGAGCAACAGAGGCGGAUGGGGGAGCAGGAGAGGAGGGAGGGGGGACAGGGGAGGGGCAGGAGGGGCAGCAAGAGGGAGCAGGGCAGUCGAAGCGUGAUUUAAUGGAGGGGCAGAGGAGGUAUGACCGGGCAGUGCAUUCCAUAGAAGAGAAGGUGACAGAACAGCCCUCGUUAUUGUCACCCGGGCGGCAGCUUCGGCAGUAUCAGAUGGAAGGGCUGCAGUGGAUGGUCUCCCUUUAUAAUAACAAUUUAAACGGGAUUUUAGCGGACGAAAUGGGGCUCGGAAAAACCAUACAAACGAUCGCGUUUAUCGCGUUUAUGGCGGAGAAAAAGGGGGAUUAUGGGCCGCAUUUGGUGCUGGCUCCCAAGGCUGUGCUUCCGAACUGGGGAGUGGAAUUUGCGGCGUGGUUUCCCAGUUGCAGUGUGGUGAUGUACGAUGGGCGGCAGGAUGAGAGGAAGCUUCUGAGGGAGAAGUUUGGAGGGGCGCUUGCAGGGAGGAGAGGAGGAGGGGGAAGGAGGGGCGGGUGGAGGGGAGGAGGGAGAGGAGGGCGGGGAGGGAGAGGAGGGAGUGUGGAUGAUGAUUGGGGGAGUGAGGAGUCGGGGGGAGGAGGGGGAGCGGGGGGAGCAGGGGGAGGAGGGGGAGUGACUGGGCCAGAAGGGGAGGAGUAUAAGUUCAGUGUGCUGCUGACGCACUAUGACCUUAUCAUUCGGGAUAAGGCGUUCUUGAAGAAGAUUAAAUGGCACUAUGUGAUAGUAGACGAGGGUCACCGGCUUAAGAACCACGAGUCAGUACUUAGUAAAACGCUAGUGGCGGGGUAUUCGAUCCGGAAAAGGCUUUUACUGACCGGGACGCCGAUUCAAAACAGCCUGGGGGAGCUCUGGGCACUGCUGAAUUUUCUUCUGCCCGCGAUUUUCAACUCGAGCGAUAAUUUCGAAGAUUGGUUUAAUGCGCCGUUCGCGGAUAAGUGUGAUGUUUCUCUGAACGAGGAGGAGCAGCUGCUGGUCAUUCGACGCCUGCACCAGGUCAUCCGUCCCUUCAUUCUCCGUCGAAAGAAGUCAGAGGUCGAGAAAUUCCUCCCGCAGAAGCGCCAAGUGAUCCUCAAAUGCGACAUGUCCGCGUGGCAGCGCGAGUACUACUCCCAAAUCGUCUCCGCUGGCUGCGUGGGCCUGGAUGACAGCGGGGGAGGAGGCAAGUCGAGAGCGCUUCAGAACACAGCGAUGCAGCUGCGCAAGUGCUGCAACCACCCCUACCUCUUCCUACUAGACGCACUUGAAUAUCAGUACCAGCCGAAUUCUCCCAACGAGCGCGUUCGGGCAAGUGGAAAAUUUGAGCUGCUGGACAGAAUUCUGCCCAAGUUACAAGCCGGGGGGCACAGGAUUUUAAUGUUCUCUCAGAUGACUAAGGUAAUGGAUUUAUUGGAGGAUUACCUUCGGUCGGUCGGCAUGCUUUAUCUGCGUCUGGACGGCAUGACCAAAACAGACGAACGAGGCCGCCUCUUACAGAUGUACAACGCUCCGGAUUCGCCGUAUUUUAUCUUCCUGCUGAGCACGCGUGCGGGCGGCCUGGGGCUGAAUCUGCAAACGGCCGAUACGGUGAUUUUAUUCGAUUCUGAUUGGAAUCCGCAGAUGGAUCAGCAGGCAGAGGAUCGGGCGCACAGGAUCGGGCAGAAGCGGGAGGUUCGGGUGUUUGUGCUUGUAAGCGUGGGGUCUAUAGAGGAGGAGAUUUUAGAGAGGGCGAAGAGCAAGAUGGGGAUCGAUGCGAAGGUGAUUCAAGCGGGGAUGUUCAAUACGACGUCGACGGCUCAGGAGAGGAGAGAGCUUCUGGAGCAGAUUAUGAAGAGAGGCAAGAUUCCGGAUUUGGCCCCGGAUUUGCCGGGUGAGAGUGAGACGAAUAGGCUGAUUUCGAGAUCAGAGGAGGAGUUUGAGAUGUUUGAGAGAAUGGAUGAGAUUCGCAGGCGGCAGUUUGGGGCGGCGCGGCUUGGACUGAUGGAAAGAGACGACGUGCCCGAGUGGGUGUUUUUUAAGGGGGCGGAAGGAGGGGAGGGAGGGGAUGGGGGAGGGGGGGAGGAUGGGGCGGGGGUGGAGAUGGGGAGGAGGAAGAGAAAGCAGGUGGUUUAUACGGAUGCGCUGAGUGAGUCGCAGUGGCUUCAGGUGAUUGAGCAGGGGAGGGACGCCCAGGAGAUUUUAACAGAGAAGGCUGAGAGGCUGAUGCAGAGGAGGGAGAGGAAGAGGUUGAAGGUGGAGAGGAGGGAAGGGGAGGAGGGAAGGGGAGGUGGAGAGGAGGAGGGGGUGGAAGUGUUAGGGGUGGAUGAGAGUGAGAGAGAAGGGAGUGUGGAUGUGGGGAGUGGGGAGGGGGGGGUGGUGGGAGAGGGGGUGGUGGAGGCGGGGAGGGGAAGGGGAAGGGGUGGGAGGGGGAGAGGCGGUGGUAGGAGGGGGAGAGGGAGAGGAGGAGCGGGGAGGGCAGGAGGGGGGCGGGGGAGAGGAAGGGGGAGAGGCAGGGGGAGAGGCAGGGGGAGGGGGGCAAAGGUGGCAGAUAUUUCUGUGAUUGGCAGUCAAGGGGAUGGGGGAGCAGAGGGGAUGGAAGAAGGGGGAGGGGGAGGGGUGGGCGGAGGAGUAGGGGGAAGGAUAGGGGGAGCGGGGGGAGGGGAAGGGAGCGAUGGGGAAGGGGGGAGUGGGGGGUUCCCGUUUGCAGAAGCGAAGGUGAAGAGGAGGAGGGUGAGGAGGAGGAUUACCGGGGUGAUGGCAGGAGGGGAAGCGGAGAGAGGGGAAGGGAGGAGGGAAGGAGGAUGGGGAGGAGCAGAGAGGGGAAGUGGGGGUGGGCAGGGCUAUGCAGUUUUUUCUGCUGGGGUGAAUGGUGGUGGUGCGGCUGCUGCUGGUGGUUACAGUGGUGGUAGUGGUGAUGGUGGCGGUGGUGUUGCUGGCGCUGGUUAUAGCGAUGGUGGUGGUAGUGGUGGUGGUGAUGAUGAUGAUGAUGAUGAUGCUGCUGAUGGUCAUGGUGUUGGUGAUGGUGAUGGGGAUGAUAGUGAUGGUACCGGUGCUGGUGGUGACUAUUCCGAUCGUGCCUAUAGAGAGGGCAGCAGCGGCCGUUUUGUGCACAGCAGUGGGGGGGUUGGUGCUGCAGGUACAGGAGGAGGAAGAGGAGGUGAUUAUAACGAGGGGGGAGGAGGGUUCAUGGAUGGGCAAGAGGGGGAUGAGGAGAGCGAUGGAAUGGAGGGGUUAUGGGAGGAAGAGUAG